UUACCUUCCGUGGCAGAAAGUCAUUCGCAAAUCAUCCCCUCGGGAUCGCUUGACGAUGAUCCUCUUGUCCAAGACAAUCCUGAUCCCAGUCUUAUCAGUGAUGAACUCAAACCCACGACGCCUGGCCAGAGGACUUAUUCCGGCUGGGAAAUGGCGAGCCUUUGGAUUGGACUAGUGGUGGGCGUGCCGUCAUUUUAUCUAGCCGGUAGUCUUGUUGAACUGGGCAUGUCAUGGUGGCAAGGCGUUGCCACCGUCGUCGCCGCCAACAUCAUCACAUCACUUACCUUAAUCCUCGCCGGCCACCCCGGCACGCGCUACGGCAUACCUUUUCCGGUGCUGGCGCGUUCGGCCUUCGGGAUUAGCGGUGCCCACAUUCCCACGCUGCUUAGAUCAUUGGUUGCCUGUGGAUGGUACGGGAUCCAAACGUGGAUCGGCGGCGAGGCAAUCUUCAUUCUCCUCCCCAAAACCAUCAAAGAUUCAUCUUUUUCCCAGCCUGUUUCUUGGCUUGGCACGUCUGUUAUUGAAUUCACUUGUUUUAUUGUAUUUUGGGUAGUCCAAUUGGCAAGUGUGUUUUUUGGAAUUAAUGGGAUUAGAGAACUGGAGAAUUACUCAGCACCAAUCCUUGUAGCACUUGUGGUUUGGCUUUUCAUUUGGUCAUAUGUGAAAGCUGGUGGUUUAAUAAACCUCUGCCCUUCAAGAUUCACCUUCAGGAGAGGUGCAGUGGUGACAGCAUUGCUUGGGAUUGGGUUCCAGCCAUGGAGGCUGAUGCAGUCGAGCGAGAGCUAUCUGAACACAUGGCUGGUUGGGUGCUUGGUGUUCGUGGGGCCCGUCGGGGGCAUAAUCUUGGCAGAUUAUUAUCUGGUUAAGGGCAUGGAUUUGAGGAUUAAGGAUUUGUAUUCCAGGAGUCCAUAUGGUGCUUACUACUACUGUGGUGGAUACAACUUGGUGGCUAUCAUGGCGUUGGUGAUUGGGGUUUUGCCUGGCAUCCCUGGUUUCUUGCAAAGUGUUGGGAUCUUGAAGAACAUUCCCAGUUUCUUUACGGCAAUUUAUAACAUUGCUUGGUUCUUUGGCCUCGGUUCUGCUGGAGCUUUUUACUGGUUUUUAUCCUUCUUGGAAGAAAAAUGCAUAAAGCAUCAGCCUUUAGAUCCCCUUUUACACGAUUCAUCAUAGUUCAUUAGUUCCGGCCUGUCUUUAUGUAAUAUAUAUUUCUACUCAGGUCUGUCUGAGAUGCCUUCUCAUUUUAAGGUCAUUGAUUGUGUGUGUAUAUACAUAUAAAUAUGAAUGACUAUCGUAUAAAAUGGCAGGCUUGAUCUUCAAAAAAGAACUGCAGAGAGAACUAUUUAUCAGUGAAACGAGGGCCAAUAUUUA